GCCCCGGGCACCCGGAGCCAAGGGAGGCCGCCCCUCAGCCCGGGCGCCUGUGUGCCUCCGCAGCUCGGCCUCCCUCCCCGCGCUCGGGAGCCUCCUCUGCCUCGGGGCUCGCCCCCGCGGCCGCCGGGGAGCGUCGGCAGGGCCGCGGCCACGGGAGCGGCGAGGAGGCCGGCGGCCGGAGCCCGCCCCAGCCCCCACCCCGCGGGUAACCUUGGAGGCGCCCUGGGAGAAAUAUUUCAAAAUUCCAAAUUUAAAGCAACUGAUGAGAGAUGCAGGCAAAGAUCAUCAAAGGCAAAUGUUAAAGCUCAUUCUCAAUGUGUCUUUAUUUCUCGAAAUUUUCACACUGGAGGAUUCCAAUUACAGGAGGAGCAAAGAAAAAAGGAAACAGCACGUAUAAAAGCGAUUAAAGAUCACACUAAAGAUGAAUUCUGCUUUGCAACAAAAAAGGUCAUUUGUGACCCCUCAGAGACUAGCUCGGCAACACAUCCCAGCAGUGUUACCUUAAGUUUAUCAACACUACCAUCUGAUUCUUAUUACAGCCAAAGUAUAGAAGCAGCUGAUGACUGGUUUUCUGAUGAUACUCUAGCAAAAAGUACAAUGCCUUUUCUCAGGGAACCUCUAAUGGAAAAAGUAUUUUCAUACCUGUCAACAAUUUCAUUAGAAGACUGUACUGAAAAUGAACUGAAUAUGACACUUUAUGAUGAUCAGAAAGAUGACAGCAUUAAGGAAAUAUUUUCACGAAGACAUACAGAGGUUGAAAUACAAAACCUUCAACACAAUAUUGAAUGACUUUUUUCUUUUGAAACUUUGUUACACUGAAAUCAUGGAAAGUUAAAACUAAAUUACCAGCUUCUGAGUUUCUUAACAUGCUCAUACUAUUACUUUUCUUGUUCUUUACCGUUGAGUGGUCCUACUUCCCUCACCAAUUCUUAUUUCUAGAAACAAAAUUAUAGGAAGAAUAGAGUGAUAUCAUGAACAUUAAGCUUAACUCCUUGUAUCUCAUCAAAGGACAUAAUAUAUAACAUGAAUGUACUUCAACAUACAAGAGAAAUACUUUAAGAAAUCUUCAGCACAAAUAGAUUUUGGAAUAAAACAUUCAUAGCAUUUCCUUA